AUGGGGACAUUCUCAGUAAGGAAUCUACGAGCGGACACACAAAACGUUGCCAUGAGGAACAAACGGACCUUUCCCAGGCUGAUGCGGUUUUUGUUAUUCUAUCUCGCCACCUGUGUGGCUGUGUACCUUUUCUUUCGCUAUUACUUGACGAAUGACCAUGAUUAUGGAACGCCAAUGCCCGCAGCUUUUAUUCACGAGAACGUUUUGAGGCCACUGAAAAGUUUCCCCUCUGUUAAACUUACGGUGUCGCCGAAUGAAUUGUUUGAAAAAUUAUACUAUCAUAAAAUCAGGACAAGACCAGGAACGUUCCAUGAGCCAAGCUGGCACAAGACAAAGAAUGAUUUUGUAACAAAGCCGGGUGAUUCUUCAGAGAAAGGCGAUGAAUUUAUUCCCGACUCAUUAGGUUUACAAGAGAAAGGGGAUAAUAAUAGUUCCUUGAGUUCUUUAGUAAUAAACGUGAGUUCGACAAGCAAUAGUAGCAUUCAUCAAAAUGACAAUUUUGACGGUAGCCAAGAUGACAUUUUGGUGGAGGAAACUUCAACAAAAGGGAAAACAUAUAGUUCUUUAAUAGCCCCGAACCAAGAGAAUAAUAGGAUGAAAUUAAGUUUACUUCAUAAUAUUUCAAGUCUUCAAAGAACUUCUAAUUCGUCAUCGACCAUUUGGCAUCGAUAUCAAGACUUCCGUAGCGAGUGGUUUCGCCAACGUCGCGCACGCGUAGAUUGGCGGAGUAUGAUUCAACCGUGUAUUGAUAACUUGGCUUGGGGACUGGUGAAAAAUCAGUGGGGGAAGACCAACAGAAGUAGUGCCGCUGCAAGUGAGAUUGUCUAUCAAGAAAUUAAGGCAGCAGGGGAGUUUAGUAAAAUUUUCAUUCAAUCUAAGACAGUUAAUAAUCAAACAAAGCUGAUUGGCGGCGACACGUGGAGGGUGUAUUUACGAGGUCCUUCAAGUGUUGCGGCCACUGUAUUUGAUCAUCAAAACGGGACUUAUGAAGCUCUGUUUCUCCUCACGGAACCUGGCAUCUACCAGGUGCUGAUCUUUCUUGAUUAUAGCCUUUGUGAUGGAUUUAAGGAUCCACCUCCGGAUUGGUUCAUCCAAGGCAAUGCGCAAGGGAAGUAUCAAAGAGAUGGCCUCCUAGGUACACUUGAUGACUAUUUGAAUGAGCCCUUUAGAAAUGGGAACCCUUUAACCAUUACAAUACCCAAGGCGCAUUUGAACACGACGUUUAUAGGUAGGUAAUUAAAGGAUGGAAUAAAGAGAGUUUUCAAGCAGAACUUUCCCAGACACUGGAAAUAUCAUAACUAGCCCAUAUUGGGCAAAAUCAAUGAGAAAUGCAUCUAUUUUUUGUCUCAAAAAUCAGUGUACUCAUUUGACGGAAGUAAGGCCAAAUUGAGAGCUUUUUGGCUGCGAUAAGCCAGAAAAUGACACCACAUUAAAAUUAUAAAAUUUUCCAUAUUUCGAUGUUGGAUUGCUAGUUGAGGAAGACCCAUUUCACAUAUAAAAGUGAAAAAGAAACUUGUAUUAACCGACAGUAGCAUGACACCGAUACUGAUUUUCACAAACAAAAAUUCGGUUUUAUCAACAGAGUUGUUGAAUCAAUUUACAUCGUAAAAAGAUUCAAAAGAAGUCGUUUCAAAGCACUAGCCACAUUUUUUAAAAACUAUAUCUCAAACGUUAUGUUUUAUAUCCUGCUGUUUGUUUUUCGUAUCAUUACAAUUUCCUUUUCAAACUCCAUUUUACCAGAAUCACUUCACGGGGAUUUAGGUUCCUGUUCCAGUACCUGCAAUCACCUAUGGGAUGGAUUUGGACAAUGGAAAAACAACCAAUGGAAGCCUUACCUUCAAGGUCAGUACGCAACAUAUUGUAUCUUCCAUAUCCAGUUUAGAGGCGAAAAAUACAGCAGGUUUCAGUACGUCGAAUUCUCAAACGGGUCUUCACUCUUUCGGUCCCAUCGGUUCGCCUCGACGCCAACAAGUAUCUAAAUAACAAGAUUCUGUGGUCAGUUAAGUAAGAGUGACAACCUGAACUCUUAGUUCGUGUUGUCUCGUUUGUCGCGAUCAACAGCAGUAUAUAUAUACAUCCACUUUCGUCUUACUUUUUUGUUUGCUUCUGACCCUAGACUUGUUUUCAGUGGAGGCUAGGCAUUUGAGAUCAUGUUGUUUCUUCGGGCAUUAAACCCUUUUCCAUGGAUAUCGGAGACAUGCGAUGGGAGCGUGCGUCUCCCAUCGAUCAGGGCUUUUAACUACACACAUGCAGUUUUGUUCUGUAGAUGUAUGGCCUUCAAACGCUAGAGCGGUGAAGGGCCUGAAUAAGGUAUAUAUACGCUAAUGGGGUAGGGAAAGUGAGCCUUUAGCUUCCUGGCCUUCUAUCUCCUUCAUCAUCCUGUAUCAACUCACAUGGGACGUGAAGAAACUACUGUGAGGGGAGGGCCCUGCAGUACACGGGCUAGGUUUGUGGGGGGCAAAUUUUACUUAAAAACCUUUAGUACUACGCCAGACCGAUUGUUAUCACCCCCCGUUUGGCAUCUCUGAAAUAAAACAAAAACAAUAUAUGUGGGCGCCCUGUUAAACGAAUUUCUCUCUCUGCGUGCAUUACAACAGAGGCCUACGACUGGGCGUUACCGCCACGAUACAAGCAGAACGGAACAUUUUGGGUCUACGGCGACUCGUUGGCCCUUCGUCUGGUGAGUUCAGUUCGGACUAGGAUGUUAUGCACAAAGCUCUACACGGGGUGUAUAUCAAGCUACAACUGGAUUUAUCCCAUUGUAAAUGAGGCAGUGGACAAGGAACUGGACGACGAUCUUGACUUCAACCCUGAAAGAGUUAUCGAGACAAUUCUUGCCGUUCUUCGUCACCCUCUGAUGCAGCAGCGAGAAAGCAGUGUUCUUCUACUCAACCUUGGAAUUCAUUAUCCUAUUGGGGUAAACUUUACAACUUACCAGAAGCUAAUUAGCGACUUGAUAAACAAACUAAAGGAGACAAGAGUUGAUUCGCAAGGAAACAUAGUUCCUAAGUACAAGGCCAAAAUUAUCUGGAAGACAUCGUCUGCUGUACACAAAGAAAAGGCUCAAGAACUCAACAAAACCCACUGGCGAUUCUUCACCACUCAGGUAUAUGAAGCAGUAGCAUGCAGAACAGGUGUUCUUUUUGACGCCUUUCAGGCGAGAGGGACGCCGUGGCUAGGUGUGGUGCGCUAGACACGCGUUUUCAUUUUCGCCUUUCUUCGUUGCGCGUGUCUGGUACUUCACGCCUGCCCACGCCGGCCUCGCGCUUGCCCUCGUUCGCCUAAAAAACGCAAAAAAAAUAACACCUCUUCAUCAGGAGGCAAACAUAGCCCUAACACUCCCACUUUGCUCUACCCAAACCUCGUCCCCAGGGCUUUUCCCUUAAAAAAUGGAAAAGUCCUGGGGACGAGGUUGGCUCCACCCCAGAAUAUGUCUUUAUCUAGACUACCCAUUAGUCUAGUUUGCGGAAGGAAGUAAAUCCGUUUACACUUUAAGUCAAAACCAGUUGUUUUUGGUUGUGACUACGGUAUGCGGGCGCUGUCAGGAUCCCGGUGCUGUCCCAAUCAUCUCAACGUGACCGACUGAGAAAUUAAAUGGUACAGAUGUGACAGCUCUGUUUCUCGGUUUUUUGUAAACUGUCGAUAGUUGAUGAACAAUUAAUACGUAUUAAACAGGAAACUGGAACGGGAAAAUGCAAAAGAGACUAUCGAAAAAGUACUGAAACUGGCAAAGAAGAAAAAACCUUGGAGCAGUUAUUCAACACUGUUACUUUAGCUGGUACCAAGAGCCAUAAUGAGACAUUAUGGCUUUUGCUGGUACACAUAAAAAGGACCAGAAAAAAGGGUUCGUAGCCUUGCUUUUUAUUGAUUUUAAAAUAUUUUGUUUUCAUUAGCGAGUUGCAAUGUUCAGUAGCUAUGCGAUGUCAGCCAUGUGUGAAGCCGGUUUUGACGUCAUAGACAUAUAUCCCAUGACUGAGUCAUACCCAGGUGGCACGCUGGAUGUAGUUCACUACCCAAACCACGUGUUCAGCUCCAUGGUAACAAUGCUGGAGAAAUACAAAGUGAACAACUACAGACAAUUGAGCGGAAAUGAGACGCUCAAUAGAAUAAAACGUUGCAUCGGUUGA